AUGAGGCUCUCCAAAACGAACAGGAUCAUCAUCCUGCUGGUGAUUGACUCUGCGUUCUUUUUGCUGGAACUCAUUACAGGCUAUGCUGUCCACUCCCUUGCCUUGGUUGCCGAUUCCUUUCACAUGUUAAACGAUGUCAUCUCACUCUGUGUCGGACUCUGGGCUGUUCGAGUCGCCAAUCGUGAAACAAGCUCGAAGAUGUAUACCUAUGGUUGGCAACGCGCGGAAACCCUCGGUGCACUGGUCAAUGGCGUUUUCCUGGUCGCCUUGUGUAUGUCGAUCUUCUUGGAGGCCAUCCAGAGACUAGUGGAGCCGCAGGAAGUGCAGAAUCCCAAGUUUGUCUGCAUCGUCGGCUGCUGUGGACUCUUAUCGAACAUCAUUGGCCUGGUGCUUUUCCAUGACCACUCCCACGGCGGGCAUGGCCACGACCACGGGCAUGGACACGGACACGGUGAUGAGGAGGAUGUGGCAGAACGGGGUUUCAGUGACCAGCACCAUGAGAGUGACCCGGUCAUUGCAGACGAGCGAGGAAACGCGGCAGCGAUCAUGCCUGAGAAUAUGGUAGGAGCCGGUCGACCUGAAAGCCUCCUCUCCGACCAACAUCCCCACUCCUCUACUGAACCAUCAUCUCCUUCACGGACCCGCCGCACCACGGACGCCCAGAGCCGUGGCUCUCGACGCUACAGCAGUUCGACCGCCCGUGCUUUCAACAGCGUGGAAGAUAUAUAUGUGCACCCCGCGACGUUGCGGCAGGAUAUCAUCGCCGCUAGCCGGGGGCAAUUUGACAAUGAACAAUCAUCAGACUCAGACAGCCGCGAUGAUGAGGUCCCAACCGAGCGUUCAGGCCUCCUUCGCAACCGUGACCGUGCCUCCAACUACACCGAUGAGAAUGGCAUCCCCUUCAAAGUCCCCGAUCACCCCCACUCUAAUGAGAAUGAUGUUCACAAGAGCCACAACCAUGCUCAACCCAAACCCAAAGACCAGAAGGGUGGCCAUGGCCACGGCCACGGCCACGGUCAUGACCUCAACAUGCGCGGCGUCUUCCUCCACGUUAUGGGCGAUGCCCUUGGCAAUAUUGGUGUCAUUGUCUCCGCGUUGGUAAUCUGGCUGACUGAUUAUAAAUGGCGCUUCUAUGUUGACCCGGGCAUUUCCCUUGUGAUCACGCUAAUUAUUCUUGCCUCUGCGAUCCCCCUUUGCAAGGCUGCCUCGCGCAUCCUGCUACAGGCAGUUCCUCCUGGCUUGAGCAUCGACCACAUCAAGGAGGACAUCGAACGGCUCCCUGGCGUCCUGGGGUCUCACCACCUACACGUCUGGCAGCUAAGUGAUACCAAGAUUGUCGCUUCGAUCCAUAUCAAGGUCGAUACGGAAAUCAAGGAUGAGGGCUCAGAGAGGUAUAUGCACCUUGCACGACAGGUUCGCCGAUGCCUCCAUGCCUAUGGUAUCCACUCUUCCACUAUCCAGCCUGAGUUCGCCCCAGGAAGCGACAUUGAGGAUAACCAGAACCACACCCAAGGCUCCUCCUCGUUCGCUGGCACCGAGAACCCCAGUCUGCCCAGCCGUGCUGCCAGCGUUCGGGAGGGCUCUCCUCAGGCCUGCCUCCUAGAGUGCGAUGACAACUGUGCCCGGGGUGGACAAUGUUGCCCCAAAAAGUCUACUUGA